AUGAAAUUUCUUAGUCUCGUACUGUCGUUUAUUGCAUUAGCAGUUGUUGCCGGAUCCUCGAGUGGGUCGCCCGAUGGGUGUGUCCCUAGGGGUGAAAUGAGCUCAGGUUUUCAAGCCAAGUUCUAUCCUUACCAGCUCCAGGACCAGUUCACCAUGGCCAGCUUGGACUACGUGUCAACUGGAUAUACCAAAAACAAACUUCUCCACACGAUCGAUUCUGUCGAGGACAUUAACUUCAGUUGGAAGUUGUGGUACAACCCUUACGAUGGUGGAAUCCACAAGGACUAUGUUUACGGAUACUACACAACGAUUACAAACUUUACCAUGGAGCUUACUGGUUACUAUCACGCACUUGAAGCCGGUGAAUACACUUUCAAUUUGAACAAGAUUGAUGACUCUGCUGCUGUUUUCAUCGGAGAUGGAAAAGCUUUCGAUUGUUGUAAAGACACCCCAACUGUUGACCCAAAGGACUAUUCUAUUUUUGUUUACAAGGUUUGGCAAGGGGAAGCAAGAAGUACGAGCGCAACCGUUAGAUUGGAGGCUGAUACAUACUAUCCUAUAAGAAUUGUGUACACGAAUGCUGUCUCAAUCUCAGAAUUAGACUUUGAGGUUACCACCCCAGAUGGUUCCACCCUGCCAGUUCAUUCCAACACAUUUAUAUACCAAGGAAAGAGUGAUUUGUGUCCAGUGCCAGUUACUACAAUCACAACUCCAUGGACUGGCACUUUUACUUCCACCAGUACUCUUACUCCUUCGAACCCUGAUGGUACUACUACUGUUGAGAUCUUCACUCCACCUCAGCUCACUACCGUGACUACCCCAUGGACCGGAACUUUCACUUCUACUAGCACCAUCACCCCAUCUAACUCUGAUGGUACUACUACUGUCGAGAUCUUCACUCCACCUCACCUCACUACCGUGACUACCCCAUGGACCGGAACUUUCACUUCUACUAGCACCAUCACCCCAUCUAACUCUGAUGGUACUACUACUGUCGAGAUCUUCACUCCACCUCACCUCACUACCGUGACUACCCCAUGGACCGGAACUUUCACUUCUACUAGCACCAUCACUCCAUCUAACUCUGAUGGUACUACUACUGUUGAGAUCUUCACUCCACCACAUAUCACCACGGUUACCACACCAGGUACUGGAACUGCAACUUCCACACUCACAAUCACUCCAUCUAACUCUGAUGGUACUACUACUGUUGAGAUCUUCACUCCACCACAUAUCACCACGGUUACCACACCAGGUACUGGAACUGCAACUUCCACACUCACAAUCACUCCAUCUAACUCUGAUGGUACUACUACUGUUGAGAUCUUCACUCCACCUCACCUCACUACCGUGACUACUCCAUGGACAGGAAUUUCGACUUCCACCAGUACUAUCACUCCAUCGAACUCCGAUGGCACUACUACUGUUGAAGUGUUGACCCCAUUGGAAUCGUCGUUCCACUGGGCAAACUCUUCCAGUGUAGUUAAAACUUCAUCUUCAGACUAUUCGAGCGCUGACAUCUCCUCCUUUUCUUCUCGAACUGACGAGAGCAGCACCUUUGUUUCAACUGUUGUGUCAUCUUCUCCAGUUGUGUCUUCAUAUGUACCAGUUGUUUCUUCAUCUGUGCCAGUUGUGUCUUCAUCUGCGCCAGUUGUGUCUUCAUCUGUGCCAGUUACCUCCUCAUCUUCUCCAGUUGUCUCCUCAUCUGUACCAGUCACCUCCUCAUCUGUGCCAGUUAUUUCCUCCUCUGUUGGAAUUUCAGAGAUUAUCUCGACUGUACUGACUGUGACAAUUCCAUCUACAACUGUUAUCACCAUUACUUCUUGCUCCGAUCACAAGUGCACUGAUGUUCCAGUUACUACAGGUCAAACAGUGGUGACUAUUACCAUCGAUAACACUAUAACAUCCUACACUACCUACUGCCCACUCUCUAGCGAUUCUGCCGACACCGAUGAUAUUAAUUCCAGUACCACAAUUGUUCCUGCUGCUGUUUCUAGCUCUGACAGCGAAGUCUCUACCGUAUCACAAACUACUGGUGGAGCCCCUAAAUCAACUCCAGUUGGAAACAACGAUAUCCCUGGAACAACUUCUAGCCCGGUUCAAACAAUUCUGUCAGUUACUUCGCACAAACCUAAAUCAACAGUCGCUACUUUCACAUCUUGUGAUGGCAGCCUGUGUAUCGAGAAUCCAUUAACCGCUGCCGAGACCGUUGUAACUAUAAGUCAUGGAAGCACUGUCAUUACGUACACAACCUACUAUGUUGUUGGACCUACUAGUGUUCCAGAUUUUGCACCUGUGACAGAUUCUGAAACUUCUCCCGCUGCCAAGUCUACCGCCCCAGUUGAUGCUUCCGAGUCUUCAGGCGUUGCGGGCACUUCCAGCUUGCAUUCCGAAAUCGUCACUACCUCUACCCCAGAACAAACGGGACCAGCACCAACCGGUGAAUCGCCAAGUAUUAUUCUUGGACCAUCUUCCUCGUCAAACGCUUACCCUAUUCCAGUUCCGUCAACUGGCGGAUCAAACCAGCUCGGGAUGACAAUCCUGUCUCUUUUGAUUUCUUUCUUAACAUUCGUGACAAUUUAAGGUUACUUUGAUAGUAUACUGUGGAUUGCUGAGAGCUUCUCUU